GGCGGGAACCUCCGGCAGAUGCUCGCGGCAGGCGGUCAUGUCUCUGUCGCGCCCCGCGUGGCCUGCGAAGCCCGCCUGGCCUGUCUCCUCAGAAGCGCCUCCUGAGGACCCCGCUGCGGCGUCACCCAGCAGCAAGCGGCCUCGUCUGAAGGAGCCUGACGGCGAUUCUGAGGCAGGGUGGCCGCCGGGAUGGCCGCUGCUUGUGGUGCCUCGCUUGUCUGAGGUAGAAAAGGCCUGGGAGUGGUCGCUCAGACCCUUCACGGCGUUCCUCAUUCCAAAGAGCCUGGGUUGCUCAGGCAGUGGGGGGCAGCCAUGUGGCCCGGGAGGGCAGGACCGAACGUUCCAGACGCAGAGCUGCUGGCAGUCUGGAACCUCUGGAAGAGCAGGUUGUUCGAGGGUUCCAGGAAGGUUUUGUGAAGUUGGGCUGCAGGACAGGGAGGCUCUGGGUGCGUGGCAAGGUUACCAAGCAGAAGUCAGUCAAGCUCCACCCAACACCUCUAGGCCCGAUGUCCAAGGAGUCAAACAGGAGCCUGAAGAACUUCCUGUCCGAGAGAAAGCAACCAUUCUCAAAGAAAAGAAUUCUGUGCGACAGCCAGGAACCCCAUUUCUAUAUGUAACAUUUUCUGAGGAAACGAAGUCAACAUUACAUGAAAUUAGAGACAGAUGUAAAGUUGACAGUGCUAGAACCUCAGAGAAAAAAGAAAAUAAGGUUUCAUCAUCUUCACUAAAAAUACCAAAAUUUCGAAACCAGGCCUGUUUGAAAAGCGCCAAUCACAGCUAUUUUGGAGACAGCAUCACAAUAAUUUUCCCUGUGUUUCCAAGGGAUUUAAAUAGCAACAUGUCCUUUGUCUAUUUAAAGGAAAGAGCAAAGAAAAAGAAUGACAAAACUGUGGCAUAUGUUAGGGAUUUCACAAACAUUUUCUGCUCUCAAAAUAGACCUGAUGCUAAGAAACAAAAGUUACAGGAUGAUAAAAAAAAUGUAUUUGUAGAAAAUGAUUUUUCUGACUAUGAAAGUAAUCACCAGUCACUCACUGUUGAUGGGAAAAUAGACUUGAUCAAUUUAAACUACUAUCGCCACAGUAGUAUUGAGUGUGAUGUAAAAGACUCUAAGAAAAACUCUACUCUAACACUGGAAGAUGCAAACUGGAAGGGAACAGAAAGGAAUCUAGACUGUUACAUACCUACCAGACAAGAAGAAUCUCAAAACUGGGGCUAUACCAAAUCUAAUUUGAAAAGAAAGAGACAAAAUUGUUGGAAGAUGAAAAAUUUUAAGAUUAUUUGUGAAAAUAUAAAUAACCUUGGAGAAAAUUUGGUACAGUUACUAGAGACAGGUCUUUUACACAAGGGAGAGUAUCACAAUGUGGAAGUCAGGAAUGUGCAUGAACAACAGUUAAAGAUUCUGAUGAUAGGAACUCUGGGUACUUCCCCCAGUUUAAUAAAUGUUGUUUGGUUUAAUGGUAAAGGCAGAAAUGACAAUAUGCUACAUCUGAGAUACCAUACUAUACAAAAAUACAUUUCAGGAAAUAAAGAAAAAAGUAGUUUAACCUGGCAUAAAAUGUUGACAUGUGAAAAGCAGACUGAUAUUCAAAAGAGUGACUUUUUGGGCAAGCAUUUACAAAAUUGCAUUUUGGAAGUCUUAAAUAUUAUGCUGAAAACCAAUAUAGUUUCUUUGCCCAAUAACUUUGAUUCUUUCAUAAGAAAUGGAGAUGACUGGGAAUCAGAAGAGAGAUGUAUUUUCAAAUGUAUAGUGCAUUUGAAUUAUUUGAAAACUAUUAUAAAGGAAAGUCAUAUAUAUGUCUAUCUAACAGCGAUGUUAAUUUCUUCAAGACCAUUAGAAAGUAAUACAAAAUCUAUUGCAAAGAAAAGAAAGCUAUUUAAAUUGGAACAUGUUUUUGAAAGGGCUAAGAAAAAAAACAUCAGUUCUCUUACUAUAACAACUAAAAGUUUUCCAAUUUACAAACCACAUGAAGAUUUUCCUCUUUUAAUGGAUUUUGAUAACAUGGAAGGAUUUUCUUUGACAAAAGAACUGAGUUACAAAAAUACAAGUUGUCCCAAACACCUUCUAAAUGUGGAAAGUUGUGCUUACUAUAGUGCUACCCAUGUGAAGUCUGAUCCUCUAUAUAUUCAGAAUAAUUGUGGACAUAAUGAAAAAUAUUAUGAAAGUAGUAUGUACAAUCAAGAUUUAGAUAUUGAAAGAAAAUGGAAGGAUAAAACCACUCAUUUCAUUUUUAAGUUUAUAUGUGAAGAUGUCUUUAAUUUUAGGCAACUGGGCACAUUGCUAAGCCAAAAUACUACAUACAAUAACCAGAUGAAUGUUAUGGCGAUAACUCAGAAGUUAAGCUCAGAGAAUUUGUUAGGUGAAAAAGAAGAGAAAAUAUAUGAUUUUAUUUUGAAGAAAGACGUGAAGGUCACAAAAAGUGCAAGUAGUUGCCAAGCUCAUAAAGCUGUUGACAUAGAGGAGGAAGAGGAUAGUUUUCUCCCAAUGGACAGAAUGUCUUCAGUGCUGUCAGCUUUACUUGUGAGUAGAAGUGUAACUAUGGAAGAAACUAAAUCUGUUAAUCAAAAUAAUGGAACCAACAAAAAAGAGGAUGGAGGUAUUUUGCAAGAAAUUGAGCUAGCUAAUUCAAAGCAUUUUUAUCCAAAGAAUGACUCUAUAUUGUAUGCUAAUCAUCAACUUGAAAGGGAUUCAAAUGAAGAGAACAAUGGAUGUUUUCAAGGCUUAACUGUUAAAUGUUUAUCAACAGAAACUCUGCCAAUAGCAAAAGAUUUUGAUAUGAAGAGUAAAUUUGAUUUAGUACUUGAAGAACUUCGUAUGUUUCAUGAAAUUAGUAAGGAAAAUGAAAUCCCAAGUACCGUGGAAACAAACAAUAGGAAAGAAAAUUACUUUGGAGAAAGUAAUGAUGUUAAAGUGGCAAGAAUGGAGAUAGGAAAAAAUCUAGAAAUGGCUGAAAUCAACAAGAAAGAUACACCUUUGCCCUGUGAUGUGAAAGCAGGCUCCAAUAAAUAUAAAAGGCAUGAAGGUUUAUUUAAUUGGAAAGCAAUACCUACUCUUGAAGGACAGGCAGUUCUCAACGAGUAUUGUUGCCCAAGGUCAAAGGAAGAAUCACUCCAUUCUACUGAGGAAGAUUAUAAGAAACCUUUACCUAAAAGUCCUGCUUUUUCUCCGGAUGAAUGUAAAAAAGAAAAGCAUAGUUAUUUAUUGAAGAAAGGCAGUCAUUUAUCACAUGGCAUUUCCAGAAUACAGCCUCUUAAGACAUGCAGUCGUCCGAUUAGGGUUGGCUUGUCAAGAAGAGCUAGGCCGAAACAACUUCAUCCUUAUCUGAAAUGAAUGAGUUGUAAGGACUUAC